UGUCCUGUCAUCAGCUCUAAAUUGUCGCUGGAAAUGCGUCCACACCCGACUGCAUGAGUCGCCACCAAAUCUAGGUAUCGAUCGUGCGCCGCGCCCAAGCAGCAUCACAUCAAACACAACAGACACUCACUAAGGGCACCUCACCUACUGUACCCAUCCGUCCCACGCCCCCCAGCUAGGCAUAUCUACACACCUACUGCAGACCCGUCGACCCAUCAGCAGCUUCUCUCCUUCUCCCUCAGCGUGGCGCCUUCCUUGCCCCCCCUCCCAGGUAGUGAUGAUGAUGUGCCAGCGCCCUCCGUCCCGCCCUGCUGGCCGGCGGCGUCUGUAUCAUUGGUGGUGUCUACAGAUGCUGUGAGGAGUGGGAAUGGCGGCUGCGGCAGCUGCAUCGGCGCUGCCUUGUAGUUUGACAGAGUCGGGUACCUGCACGGUGGAUGCACACAUUGACACCACAACACACCGCACCAUCCCCUCCCAUCCUGUGUUUCGUCCAUCCUUCCUCCCUCCUCACUCACCCAUACAGCGGGCUGCCCCGUUCGCUGUUGACGAUGUCCCCAGUAGCUAUACUGCCAUUGUUGUCAUGGCUCCCACCACCCUCCCCACUCGUCCCACUGGCGGCCCCCUCACGGAUGGGCCGCCACACGGUGGCCGGCUUGUUGGUGUUGGCCUUGAUAUUGGCACGCAUGGCCUUGAGUGUCUCGGAUGGCGUGAUGAUGGCUGGCCGGGGGGGCGGGUGCGAAUGAUGGUGGGAGUGCUCCAGGGCUAGGUGGUGGGGGAAGGGGUGGUUCUUCAUCGGAGCGUCAUACUGGAUGGACACAGAGGCGAACGAAAUGAAAUAUUUAUGUGGUUUGUGUGUGCGUAUGGCAUGAGGGGGCUGACCAUGUGUAGAGCCUGCCGCCAGAACGACAGCUGGUCGUUAAACUGCCUGAAGACACACACACACGAGGUCAUGCCAUGAGGCACAUCGUGCACCCUGCAUGCAGGCAUCGCAUCGAUGGCUGCAUCGCAUCGCUGGCUGCAUGGCCGGGCUGGCCAAUCAAGCGCUCACUUGUUGGACACACGUGCGGCUGCGUCAGGUGUUUUGGGGUCGAAUGGGCCACGGCGAUGCCUGAGAAACAAACCAACGACAACAAACAAAGGGCGCAUUGACACUCCAUCCAUAACGUGAUGUGUGUCAGGCGCGUACUUGGGCACCAGCCGCACGUAGUUGCGAUAACCCUCGGUCUUCUUGACUGCACACCACACAGCCAAACACAACACAACAGCACAACCACCAUUGAGCCCACUAGUGGUGACCCGACCAUCUCCCCUCUCUCCCCACCCCACCACACUCACCCAGAACUACUUGAAACGUCCUCUUCUUCGCCCUAUUCUGCCACACGUCGGCAUCACCCGCACCCCCAACACCGCUGCUAAUGGCACCCCCACCCCCACCUCCGCCCAUGCUCCCACUCGCCACGCCAGCCGCACUCGACACCGACGGCGAGCCCGUGACGCUCUCAGUCCCCUCCUUGAAAUACGACGACCCAUACGGCACGCGGCCGCCCUCCCUGCGGCCAACCACAGGCGACAGCGCCCCCUCCUCUGCAUCGAGGAUGGGCGGCCGCCUCGGUGGAGGGCUGGGGAUGACGUCCUCAAAGCCUGGUGGUGGCCCGAUGGACAGCCACGACAUGUCGGACGAGGCGCGGCCCAGCUGCUUCUUGCGGUACUGGGGGGAAGGGGAGGCCAGGGAGCUCUGCCAGGUGUCGCUGAGGAGGUAGGGGCCUUGCUCUUGGUCCUCCCCUGGUUGCUGCUGAUACUGCUGCUGCUGCUGCUGUCUGUCGCCGUCCUCCGCCGUGUUGGUCUCUUCUGUGUUGGGAGGGGAGGCCUUGGGUGACUGCUGCUGGUCGCUGUUCUCGUCGUCUGUGCCGAACCGAGGCGUCUUCUCUUGCUCCUCCGUCACGACGCUCUCCCUCUCCUCGUCGCCCUCCUCGAUGCCCUCGGGGAUGCUCUUGAAGGGCGGCAUAUGCACACUCACCGGCAGACACACCGCUGAUGCGGGGACGGGCACCAUCGGCACGCACGGCAGGUGGGCGGCGCCCUCCUUGGUGUCGUCUUUGACCUUGGCAUUCUUGUUGGGCGAGGGCUCGAGUGGGCGUGACGGCGACUUGGUGACGGGUGUGGGCGGGUGGCUCUGCUCGGGGCUGUUGUGCUCGGCCGAACCUGGGAAGGGCGAGAUGGUCUUGUCCGACACCUUGGCCUCCACUGCUGGCUUCUUGGCCAGCACCACCGGAGCCGCCUCGCCUGUCUCCUCAUUCGUGACGGUCUCGCCUCCCUCGUCAGCUGCCGGCGUCGGCUUCUCGGCCGGCUUCUCGUCGUCCUUUUCUUCUUCCCAGUCCCCGUCCGUCUGCACGGCGAUCGUCCGCACCCGCCACACGCGCACCCCCAGGCUGCUCUCGCGGUGGACAGGCUGGGGCGCACGCAUCGGGGGCUCCUGGGAGAAGUGGCGGCGGGAUGCGCCGAUCGCUGCCCACAUCAUCAUUGGGCUGCGGCCUGGGUACAUGGUGGAAGGGGUGAGCUGGCCGAAUUGACGGGGCGGCAUGCACGGCAGAGGAGGGGGCUGGUAUGGCUGGUAUGGCUGGUGUGGGUGCAUGAAGGGGCGUGGCUGCAUCAUGGACGGCUGCACAUAUGGGGGGUAGAGGGGUGGCGGUGGGGGUGGGCAUGUGGGUGGCGGUGGGGGCUGCAUGAGCAUCCGCAGCAGCUGCAUGCCAUGCCGCUCGCGCCGCUCCGCCUCCCUCUGCUGCAGCCUGUCCAUCCGGAUGCAGUGCAGCUUGGCCUGCUCCGCCACGCGACUGAGCCACUUCAUGCGGCUGUCCACGCUCAUCGCCUCCCACCUGGCACGCCUGGCGUGCCUGUCGUCCUCUCCAUCCUCCUUCUCAUGGUCUGACGCAGGUCGACGCGGCGGCCGCCUCGCGACCCACACGGGUCUCCUGCGCCGCUGCCAUUGGGAUGUGACGCGGAUGGCAGGCUUCUUCUUGCGCACCCUCUUCUUGGGCUGCCCGCUCCUGCGACGCUUGAUGGCCAGUACGAGGGUGCGCUUGAUGGCAGUGUGCCACUCGCGCCCGUCUGGCCGCUGCACGAUGCCCUUGAUCAUGGCGCGCAUGAAUGUGGCGAGGGGGUAGUGCGAGCGGGGGGGCGGAACGAUGAGGCAGUGCUUGGGUGGCGGGGUGGGGGUGGGGGGAGGGAGGAGCAGGGCAUGCCCCUUGAUGCAAUCGAACCAGAGUGGGAGAAACGACGACAGAGUCGAGGCCUCCUGCACCAUACACACACACACACACACACACGUGAGAAUGCAUUGCAUUGAUCUGAACGCCUUCUAAGUGUCAGCCCUCACCAUGCCCUUGAUGGCAGAGAUGAGAGUCGCCAUCACAUCGGCUGGCGAGUCAACCACACCCACCAGCGGCCCCUGACACAACAGCUGGUUGAGCAGUAGCUCCAGGAAACGAACCACGCUAACACGGCCUGACGAUACCGCAAAGGACAGAGAAAUACCGCCACAAAUGAAUGCAGCGGGCACAUACAAGCAGUGUGCGCAUGUGUGUAGCUGACCUUGUGGACUUCGGCACUGACGUAGGAUCACUCUGGCGAUGCAGUCCGAUGAGCAUGGCCGCCCCAUCGCCUCUAGAAUCUCCAGCGAGAGAUCCCGCAUGUCACUUCCACUCAUGAUCUUCGGAUGUUUGUGUUUGAUUCGGAGCCGAUGCCUCCUGCACAGCCGAAUGCUACGGACAUCUCAUCGUAGCCAAGCGCCAAAAGUCG